CAAUACAUUAAUAUAAAUAAAGAGCAAUGUCAAGUAAGAAUAAUUCUCCAAAGUGUAAAUAUUGCUUAUUUCUGCUACUUUAAAGUGCAGUGAAACAGAGCAAUGAUUAAAAAAGUUACAACUUACCGAUCGAUUAAUUGCCAAUGAUUGGUUUGAAAUUUAAAUUUUUUUUUACAGUAGAACUUUGUCCUUAUACGAAGCAGAGUGAAGCAGCUGCUACACUUUUAUCUUUCUCUGCGAGAUAGGGGACGAAAGCGUAAAUAACUGAAUUGAAAAGAAUAAAAUGUAUUAUUAUUUAAAUUCAAGGAUCGAAAUUUAAAUGUGAUCCCUUUUCGUUAAAAACUAGAGUUUUAAAUAUUUAUAAUUAAACUAGAAAUAAUCAAAUGAUGACAAACUUUCUAAAGCUUAAGUUCAUUUGUCAACAAGUUUAUAACAAAUCAUCUUUUUUUUAAAAAAAUUAUUCAGGAAAGAAAAAAUAUUUUUAUUAAUAUUUCUGCAAUACUUUGAUUUAACAUUUUUUUUAAUGAAACAUUUUUAAACUUUAUUUUUAUAUCCGCCAAACUUACAUUUACUUUAUUAUUCUUGUAGAAAAACCAGUAGCGAACACUUUAACAGUGUUUGCUCUUGUGAUAUAAAGCAAUUGCAAACACUUUUACUGUGUUUUUCUUGUUGAAAGACAAUUGCUUAUACUUAAACUGCAUAACGCAGUUCUGAAAAAAUAUUUGCAUGCUGACUAGUAAAAUGAUUGAGAGUGAAGAAAAUAUAACUCCAUAUCGCUGUGAUCAUCAUCAAAUUUAUUCUUGCAGUUUGUGUGUUAACAUUAUUUCAGAUUUAGUUCCAAACCAAGUAACUGAACACUCACCUAUUCACACUGAAGAUGAGGUUUAUCCAUGCAUUAUGUGCGGAAAAACAUUUCAAAAUAAAAAAAAUUUGAUUCGACACUCUUUGAUUCAUUCUGAGAAGAAGCAUACGUGUAGUGUCUGUGCUAAAACAUUUAAUAGAAAACAAAAUUUAAAUCGACAUUCCCUGAUUCACACUGGUGAAAGACUUCAUUCCUGUACUACAUGCGACAAAGCAUUCACGAACAAAGAUGUAUUAAUUAGACACUGUCGUAUUCACACCAAUGAAAGACCUCAUUCUUGCAAUGUAUGUGAUAAAUCAUUUGCGCACAAAAGUGAUUUAAAUAGGCACAAUCUAACUCACACUGGAGAGAAACCGCAUUGUUGCGACAUAUGUGGCGUGGCAUUUACAAAAAAAUACUCAUUGAAUCAGCAUAUGCAUGUGCACACUGGAGAAAAGCCUUAUACGUGCGAUGCAUGCAAUAAGAUGUUUGCGAGAAAAGAAGAUUUAAAGCGCCACAUUCUGAUACAUACUGGGGAGAAACCGAAUAAAGUUUAUCCUUGCAAUGUAUGCAAUAAAAUAUUCACCAAAAAUAGCACAUUAACUAAACACUCUCUUGUGCAUAGUAAAAAAAAAUUUCUGUCUUGUGAAGUGUGUCAGGAGACAUUUACAAGUAAAAGUGAUUUAGUUGCACACUAUAAUGUCCAUCCCGAAGAGAGACCUAAAAAAGUUUAUUCUUGCAGUAUAUGUGACAGAACCUUCUCGAAAAAAGACUCCCUGACGCGACACAGUCUCGUGCACACUAAAGAAAAACCUCACUCUUGCGGAGUGUGCAAAAAAACCUUUGCACGGAAAAGUAGUUUAGUCGUACAUUGUGCUAUCCACUCUCGAGAAAAACCAGAAAAAAUUUAUUCUUGUUCUUCAUGUGAUAAAUCAUUCACGAAAAAAGGUUCGCUCACUCGACACAUUCUUAUUCACUUUAAAGAAAAGCCUUACUCUUGUGAUAUGUGUAAUGAGGCAUUCCAGCGUGAAUUUGAUUUAAUUAGGCACCGACAGAUUCAUACAGGAGAGAGGCCACAUCGUUGCACUGUUUGUGGAAGAUCGUUCAAUAAAAAAUACUCAUUAACUCAACACUCUAGUAUUCAUACUGGAGAGAAGCCUUAUGAAUGCACUACUUGUGAUAAAAUGUUUGCGAGAAAAGCAGAUUUAAAACGGCAUUCUAUGGUUCACACUGGGGAAAAACCCAAGGUUUAUCCUUGCACUUUUUGUGAUAGAACAUUCACUAAGAAAAGUACUUUAACAAAGCAUUCCCUUAUUCAUACUGAAGAAAAGCCUCUUUCUUGUAAUGAUAUUGACGAGAAACCUGGUUCAUCGAAUGUUACUUUAGAACCUUCUUCUAGUGAACAUGAAUUUGAAGAUCCAGAUUCCUCUUAAUGAUCUUUCCUCAAUUCAUUUUCCCUCUGGUAUUUAGUAUAUAUCCUUUUUUUUCUCCAUUUUAUUCUUUUUGGUAUUUUAAUCAUCGUUUAAGUAUACCUAUAUUAUCCAUAAUAUAUUUUCCUUUGACUACAUUUUAACAUUCAUUUCUAAAAUGAAGAAAAUUUUUAAGCGUAAAGUGUAGUAAUUUUCACAACAUUAUAAAAUAUAUAUAAUAAUUCCAUAUUUACUUUUUUAAAAAAUAAUAAUAACUGCACCUGGGGGGUGUUUUUGACGAAGAAAAGUGGCAGACAAAAAAUUUUUAAUCGCUACUUGUUGCUUGGUGCCCUUCACCCCUUUAUGCUAUUUAAAGUUACUUUUAAUAAAUGAAGUUUUAUGCAAUGUUUCAGCUAGAACAUUUGUAUGCAAAGUGAUCUAACUCAUUACUUUUAUGUUCACACUUAAUUAAGUGAUAAUAUUAAGUGUAUUAACAAAAAGUAUUUUUCCUAUGAAAUAUUUACAUUUGAAAAUAAUUAAAUAAAAUAUUUGAUAUACUGCA